AUGAAAACUGGCUUCGCAUUAUGUGCCAUCGUGGCCAUCGUUCGCACAGCAUCUGUUGAUCUGAACAAGAGAGCAUCACCACUCGCGGUGACGUUGACGCACCUGAACGACACUGCCUUUAAAGUCGGUAUCACUAACUCCGGUUUGAAUGGAUACAAUCUUCUAUAUGCCGGCUCGCUGCUUGAUGAUGCUCCGACUGACGAUCUGAUUAUCACUUCUGCUACAUCACCGGCGAAAUUUCACGGUGUACAUCUCCGGCCUCUUCAAUCCCACCUUACCCAGGCUGCUUUCGUAUCAAUAGCUGCUGGUCAGACCAUUAGCAAGCAGAUAGAUAUUGCAGAGAUCUAUGAGACUCCUUCGGACAGCUAUACGGUCACAGCCGCUGGGUCUUUCCCUUACGCUGAAGCUGACUCUACCGAACUCUCAGGCAAAUCUCUCUCCUUCACAAGCAAUACGGUCAAAAUGGAUAUUGACGGCGACAUUGCCGCCAAAGUGAUCUACAAGGUCGACCGUAUGCACAGCAAGCGCACAGAUCUGGAGUCCGACUGCUCGAGCACUCAGCUUUCCACUGUUAAGGCCGCAUUAUCGAAUUGCGAGAAGUUGGCCAGCGCUGCUGCCGAUGCCGCAGCAAAUGGCCAUGGUACUAUCUUCGCCGAGUACUUCAAGACUGAGUCGCUUCGCCCAGAUGUGGCUACACGACUGCGCGACGUAGCUAAGGAUUGUGCCGCUACUACUAGUGGAGCAACAACUACCUCGUGCAAGGAUCAGUACAGUGCCUGCUCAGAUAAUGUGCUCGCAUAUACCAUACCGCAGAAGAAUGCGGUCUUCUUGUGUUCGAGCUUCUUCAGCUACUUGCCUGCCGUCGCUGACUCAUGUCAUGCUCAGGACCAAGCAACUACAGUGAUACACGAGAACACCCAUGCACCGGCCGUUGACAACCCAGGCACGAGCGAUAAUGGCUACGGUUAUUCAGCGUAA